AUCACGUACUUAGCUGUUGUCUACGAGUUUCUUUUUGGUUACAUAUUUAGAGGUGAAUUAACUGGCCAACGAUAACCUCAAAACGGUUUUAUUCGUUUUGCCUGAACCGGGCGACAGGAGCCAGAAACCCGUCGUCACAUUAGCUUCCUGCCUUGGUACCUACUUCGUAAAGAGCGUAUAAAGUUAGUUAGCUAGCGUCAAGUUUACGCUACGUGGUGGUUGCUGGCCGUGUAUGUAAUGCUAAGCUACCUAGCUAGCUAAAGCCAGCACAUUUAACGUUGUCCACCUUGUUUGAAAUGGUUCAAGAUGUUUGUUGAUUAAGGUUGACGGGAGAUUUAAGCCAUCGCUGUCAGCUAACAUUAGCUACCUGCCAGGGAGCACUGGGCCUUGGUAAAGCCAUGGCAGAUGAAAAUACACAGUUCUGUGGCAAUUGCAAACAUGACAUUCCAGAGGCUAAUUUCACCACCCAUGAGAUCCACUGUCAAAGAAACAUUGCCCUGUGUGGUGUGUGCCAGGAGCCAGUGCCCCGGUCAGAUCUGCAGGAGCACAUGCAGCAGGAGCAUACACAGAUUACAUGCAAGUGUGGUUUGAAGAUUGAGAAGAAUCAUAUUGACGUUCAUCAGAGCUCUGAAUGCUCUCAGCGGUUGGUCCCGUGCCAAUACUGUGAACUGGAGCUUGUUUUCUGUCAGUCCAAAGAGCAUGAGGAUUAUUGCGGUACCCGCACUGAGCCCUGCCCGCACUGCAAAUGCAAUGUAAUGUUGAGGGAACAAGCUGUGCAUCCAGUCCUAUGUGGAAGCCUCACACCGCCCCAAGAGAGGAACAACAGCAGGAUGAGUCGCAGUCCAGUAGAACCACAGUCUCCAGGGGCAUGGUUUGAAGCUCACUCCAUCCACAACAUCAUAAGAGCCCAAGAAAGAGGUCCCAAGAAUAACAACAUCAGUGCAGCUGAACAACAGGCCUUUCCCCACGCAUUUGAUCCACAAGGUUAUAACAGUUUAAGGGGACCUCAAAGCUCAGGAGACUGGAAGAAUACUGCACAGAGGAAUCCAGCAUUUAGUCACUUGCUGGGACAAAGUGAUUUUCUGAAUAGCAGCAGCAGCAGCAGCAGCGUGUGGCCACAUGGUGGUCAGACACAUGAUGAGGAUUCAUCUGGCCUGGACUACAUGUUGGCCCUCAGCCUGCAGAGUGAUGGAGAAUCGGUGACUGGAGAUGUAGACGGUAACCUGUGGCGUGAUAUCUGGGAUCACAAGAUCGGGAGGACAUCCAACACCUCUGUAAACUCCCCACUCUCCCCACCCAACAACAACUACCCACACUUCACUACCGGGACAAGCACAAGUACAGUCCAGGACCAUGAUCAAACAGAUACCAUGCUGCCUUGUGAGUUUUGCGAAGAGCUGUUUCCAGAAGAGGACCUCAUUUUGCAUCAGACUGGGUGCAGCCCCGCCUCUGCCUUUGCGUCUUUCAGCAAGCAGCCCUCCUCUCCACCUAAAGAGGACAGGAUGGGCAGGAAUGCUUCAGGGCUGAUGCACAACCUCCCUGACACACUCGCUUCCAACAUCCCCACCUUCCCUCGGUCAGUCUCCCCGGCCUCUUACAGUCCUCCAGCCAGUCCACUAGAGGGUGACGUGGUCAUUCCAUGUGAAUUCUGUGGCGUUGCUUUAGAAGAGGCUGUUGUCUUUCACCAUCAGGACAAAUGUGAUAUGCGCCCUCAGACUGCCCAUCCACUGAAUAAUAUAACAAAAGCAUCUGUCAGAAAACCACUGAGCCCUGCUAAAGACACCUUUGGACAGACGUCUCCAGAUUUUCAGAGGAGAAUAAAGCACCAAGCAGACGUCCUGGAUGAGGACUUCGGAUUUGACAGAGACACAUCACCAGGAAAAAACCCAAGGGACUGGCAGAGAGGCUACAUUGGACUACCAAGUCAAAGGAAGAUGCCAAACUGUGACGUCUCUGUGAAAAACCGACCUCAGCAGGGCAGGGAAGCAGAGGGGGCUCAUUCAUUUUUCUGUGACACUGACACAUCAGGCUCUGCAUCUCUAAAGGGACCUCAUCUGCCAGAAAAUAAAGAAGGGAGAGGAAACAGAAGUAAUCCAGUGACAAAGUUGCCCAAGAAGCAGAAUGAAGAACAGCAGGAAGAGUGAGAGUAUGAAUGACUGGAGAAAUAGUAAAACCAAAUCUCCUACUCUGCUUUUCAUUUAUCUUUUUGCACACUUUUGAAAAUUAAAUAUACACGUAUCUGACAAGUGCCUGUGUGAGCAUUGGUAUCUUGCAGUUUUAUUAAAGUCUAAGUAAGCAUUUUGGUUUAUUCAUGCAUAUUCUGCUUUAUUUCAAGAUUUGUUUCACAUGUUUGUAUGUCUUAACAGCUAGCCUUAACCGAUAAAUUAUGAAUUGAAUUUUAUUCACACUAAAUUUGAUUUGAAUCUUUUUUUGUUUGUUUUUAAUUGUACAGGUCAUAUCGUAGCUCAUUAAGACCGAUGAGAACAUCAAACACAGACACAUGACUUUGUCUGUGUGCAUUUGUCUAAUUUAAUCUUUACCUUGUUACUUCAGCCAAGGACAAAUUGUUUUCACCCAUUUGCCAGUUCUUUCAGGGCAUUCCUCAGUGUUCCUGUUGGUGUCUGCAUCUUUAUGUAACCUAAAGCACUUUGAUAGAUUAUUUUGGUAAAAAGGGCUUGAGGAACAGAUUUGAUAAAUUUAUGCAUCUUUGACCAAGAAAAAAAAACUGUAUUAUUGAACAUUUGUCUUUUUAUAUUGUUGAAGAUUUGUCUUUAAUACUCUUCAGUAAUAUUUAGAUUUUUUAAAAUCAUAUCUAUAGAACUAUAUACAUGGUGUUAUGAUAAGAUGGCUAUUGAAGCAGUGUCUCCUGUCCAUCAUUAUUUUAAGUAGUAUGAAGAAUUUUGUGUGUUGAUCUCUAAAUAGGAUUUAAGCUUGAUAAGAUGUAUUUUGUGUGUAAUAUGGAGUCCACUUUAGGAAUACAUAUAAAAUAGGCAACCUUGUGCCACAGACUGUUGAGUCUGCAAAUUUCCCUUUUUAACUAAAGACAGCGUUGGAGUAUUUUGUCAAUUAACAUCUGAUCAACGAGCCCAAGUACAGAGCAGCAAUGAAUCAGUGAAGUCACCUGGUGUGGUGUUUAGUUGGACUUGUGGUUCAUGGCAGGUAGAGGACUAUUGCUGUUUAAGAACAAUCGUCUGCUCUUUGUCUUGUGUGGUUAUUAAAUGUUUUAAUGAGGACA